AAACAGUUGUACAUGGAAACGUGGAACAGAUUUUGUCAAUGGUGGGAGAUGGGAAGGAAAAAAAAAAAGUACAGCCCCAAAAUGAGCAGGGUGAAGGCAAUGGAAAUGUACUUUGCUAAGCCCUUUCUCUUUCUGGGGCAAGGGAAUAAAUAAUUGAUAUACUUUUGCUAAAGUUAGAGGGAAAAUACACGCUUAAAUGCCCAAGGUGUCCAUAAACUCAGGAAUGAUUUAGUAAGAAUUGAAAUAGACUCAGUCCUCAGUCUCUUACCAUUAUGACUAACUCUAAAUUUUUUUUAGUCUUUCCUAUUCUGUUUCCUUUCUCUUUUGCCUAAAAGCGGACUCAUUGGAAGUCCUGCUUCCCCAACUCUGUACAAGUUACAUGGUAGACCAAAUUCACAAACAUAUAUUGAGGUUUUUUCCCUCUUCUGCCUGGGAGAGGAGUAGGAAUAGUUGUUGAGAAAACAUAGAUGGACAGAUUAAAGAUGUGGGCAGUGGGUUUGUGAAGCAGAGGUGGAGGGGAAAUACUACCUAACUCUAUUUUCUCUCCUUUUCUUAUCAUGCUUCUCUAUUCUUUUCACCCAGACAAUGUAGUCUUGUCAUAAUAAAAGAAUUUUCAUUACGAUGGGUACUUUGAGGUACCAUUAUGAGCCUUUUUAAAACAAUGAACUUGGGUUUUUUUACCCAAGUGAUUAUUACCGAGGAGAGAGAGAUUUAGCACUGUUGAUGGGAAAGGAAUUGGUGCAAAGUUUUAUGGAGCUUAUUCUGUAAUUAUCAUAUCUUAAAUAUUUUAAAUAAGAAAUAUUGUUCACUUUUUGAUAAUGGUAUUGUGCCUGUAUUUUUAAGAGUCUUGUCUCUUAGAGCUACAUAUAGAUGGUGAUAUUUAUGGAUGAAAUAAUAUAACAUCAGGGAGUUGCUUUGAGAUAAAUUCAGAAGUGGUGACAGUAGAGAAGUGGGUAUAGAUGACCCGAGACUGGUCACGGAUUGAUCAUCUCUGAAGUUGUUCAGUGGGUACAUGGCGCCUGUUAUACUAUUCACAAAGAUACCAAAGAGACAUCUGCAAGAAUGUCUAUUUAUUGCCUGUAAGAGCAAGUAAGUGGGAACAACACAAGUAUUCCUCAGUAGGGAACUAACUAAACAAAAGGCAGACCACGCAUCGAUGAAACGCAAUGCAGCUGGUAGGAAGAGUGAAGCGACCUGUGUGUGCUUCUGUGACAUCAUCUCCAAGAUAGCAGCACUGAGUGCAGCAUCCAAAGAACAUAGCAGAAAGUAAUAGAAACCGCUGGAAAGAACAGUAUAUUGGAUAUGCAGUUGGAGAAAACCAACUGUUUAUUAAAAGGAAUGCAAACAAAGGAGGCCUCCCUUAAAGCAGAAUGUGCUAUUCUUCAUGAGAUGGUAAAAGGGCUACAGCAGACCAUCGAAUUCCAACAUAAUUUGAAAGGUGAAAAUGAACAACUGAAAAGAAAUGCUCAUCUUAUGGAAGAAAAGUUAAAAUCCCAUGAACAGGAAUAUAAGAAUAAUGUUGACAAACUUAUGAGUGAAAUGAAAAUCAAAGAGGAAGGACAUAAGGCAGAAAUAAAGAAACUUUAUCAGGAUAUGCAGAAAAAAAUUGAAUUAAAUGAAGAAAAGAGUAAAGAACUGAUGGAGAACAUGGGGGCGGAGAUCUCAGGGUUAAAUGCAAAGCUAAGAAUUCAAGAGGCGGAAAAGCAAAGUGAAAUCAUCAAACUGCAGCUAGAGUUUGAUGCCAGACUAGCAAGAGUUCAAACUAAAUCAGAAUCGUGUCUGGGUCCUGCUGCUUUGCCGCAGAGUAUCUACAGGAGGAAGCUUCAACAUCUUCAAGAGGAAAAAAACAAGGAGAUUGCAGCUCUCCGCAACACCAUUCGCGAGUUAGAGCAACGCCUCUCUGUCGGCAAAGAUCCUCACCUCAAACGCAGGCGGUUUUAAGUAUAGCAGUGAAUUCAUUUGUUGCUAUUUAAUUUCUUUAAAAGCAGUUGAAAAAUUCACUUCUGUUGUUAAUAUAACAUGCUACCUAAAUAAUGACAAUGAAAGAGACAGCUUUAAACUUUUUAAAUUGAGUUUAUUGAAAUAAAUUCACACUUUGGCCAA